AUUGACGUGCCACACAGAAGACAUAUUGCGCCUGCGCAGUAGGCUGACCUUCCCGGGACAGGAGCAGCCAUGCCGGGCACCGUGGAGUUACCCACGGCCGAUGAGCUGUCAGUGCGGGAGAUCAAUGUAAGUUCUGCUGUGCUGAAGGCUGCAGCCCAUCACUACGGGUCCCGAUGUGACAAACCUAAUAAGGAAUUUAUGUUAUGUCGCUGGGAAGAAAAGGACCCCAGAAAGUGUCUGUCCGAAGGCAAAAAGGUGAAUGAAUGUGCCCUGGAGUUUUUCAGGAGUAUUAAAGCUCAUUGCGCAGAUCCUUUUACUAAAUACUGGACAUGUCUUGACUAUAAUAACCUACUAGACCUCCGUCACUGCCGUAAACAGCAACAGGAAUUUGAUAACUGUGUUCUUGACCAGCUUGGCUGGGUGAGACCAGACUUGGGAGAAUUGUCCAAGGUUACAAAAGUGAAAACUGACAGACCUCUCCCAGAAAAUGUCUACCACUCAAGGCCAAGACCAGAGCCGAACCCCCCUAUUGAAGGAGAAUUAAAGCCAUCCAAGUAUGGUAGCAAGCUCUUCUUCUGGAACUGGUAGAGGGUUUGGUGGUUUAUGUGCAAUUCCUAAUAUCCUUUUCUGGUCUUAUGUCCAUAGAUCAGUUUCGUUUUAUCUAUUUGGGAACAAAAUAAAAUGAUGAAAUCCCUUUUCUGUGA